CGGCAGUGCGGUUCUGGAGAGGGUUAAGGCGCGCACACCGGUCCAUGCGCGUGGUCUUGUAUGUGCUUGCGCGAGCUCGGCGGCGCGCACAGAAACCCAGCUCAUGUUCCGGUGAAAUUCAAACGGCCGCGUCCGGUCACCGAGCCUAAAAUGUCAGAUGCUUAAAAGAAGUAGAAUAAAUGGCGUCUAAAGUGACUGAUGCAAUAGUUUGGUACCAGAAAAAGAUUGGUGCAUAUGACCAGCAAAUAUGGGAGAAGUCUGUGGAGCAAAGAGAGAUCAAGUUCAUUAUGAUGGGUUUAAGAAACAAACCAAAGAAAACAGGACAUGUUAAACCAGAUCUUAUUGAUGUUGAUCUUGUCAGAGGAUCUGCAUUUGCAAAAGCAAAGCCUGAAAGUCCUUGGACAUCUCUUACAAGAAAAGGAAUUGUUAGAGUUGUGUUUUUUCCAUUCUUCUUUAGUUGGUGGCUUCAGGUGACAUCAAGGGUCAUUUUUUCAUGGCUGCUUCUUUUAUACCUACUCCAAGUUGCUGCAAUAGUAUUAUUCAUCAUUGCACCUGGCCCCCACAGUGUUCCUUUAACUGAGGUUACUGGCCCAGUUUUCUUUAUGCUUUUGCUUGGAACAGUGCAUUGCCAGAUUGUAUCAACACGGACUGUUAAAUCACCUCCAAUCUUAGGUGGAAAGCGAAGAAGGAAACUAAGAAAAGCAGCACAUUUGGAAGUACAUAGGGAAGGUGAUGGCUCUAGUACUACAGAUAAUACACAAGAGGGAACUUUGCAGAGCUACGGUACAAGCACCUCUUACACUAUUGGCACAGUCUUCAGGGAUAUCUUGCAUGCAGCUUUCUUCUUAUCAGGUUCAAAGAAAACAAAGCAUUCCAGUGACAAAUCUACAGAAACUGACAAUGGUUAUGUCUCGCUAGAAGGGAGACUCACUGGUAAAAGUAGUGAAGAUGGAGUUCAAGUUCACGAGCCUAACUGUGAAGUACUUCAUUCAGAAGAGGCAAUGUGGGGCACUGGAAAAAACAGGAGUCCCCCAGUGCAAACAAAGAUCAAGUAUAAAACAAAACUGGACACUCACAGAAGUACGGUUAAUGUUUCGGAUGAAGUCUCUAGUGAAGACGAUCCGAGCACAGGAUAUACAACACAACGCAAUAUGGAUCAGUCUGGUUGUGACAUCGUAAUCCGAAAUAGAAAACAUCACAAUUACAAAAAGCACUAUCCUGCAGAGGACAUCCAGAAAUCAGGCACUAGUUGCAGCUCUCGCUGUUCUAGCUCCAGACAAGAUUCUGAAAGCACCAGGCCAGAAUCCGAAACAGAAGAUGUUCUCUGGGAGGAUCUUCUGCAUUGUACAGAGUGUCGCACUUCCUGCAGUAGUGAAACAGACAUAGACAGUAAUCAUGCCAAUAUAUGUAUGAAAAGGGAAUACAGAGAUGACCCUUUCCAACAGAGUCACUCGCCUUGGCUUCACACUACCAACCCUGGCCUUGAAAAAGUCAGUGCUAUUGUAUGGGAGGGCAAUGACUGCAAGAAGGCAGACAUGUCUGUACUUGAAAUUAGUGGAAUGAUUAUGAACAGGGUGAACAGCUAUACCCCUGGCAUUGGAUAUCAAAUAUUUGGAAACAUUAUCUCUCUUAUCCUGGGUUUAACACCAUUUGCAUUUCGGCUGGCUGAGUCCAAGGACCUGGAUCAAUUAGCAACUCUUUCUGCAUCAGAACUCUACAAUAUUGCAUUUGGCUCCAGCACUGACAUUAUGGUUAUUUCUCUGGUGCUUAUUAGUUUUGUGGUUCGUGUUUCACUUGUUUGGAUUUUCUUUUUCUUGCUGUGUGUGGCAGAGAGAACAUACAAGCAAAGAUUAUUAUUUGCCAAACUAUUUGGCCAUCUGACCUCUGCAAGAAGAGCCCGGAAAUCUGAAGUUCCACACUUCCGCUUAAAAAAAGUUGAGAAUAUUAAAAUGUGGCUUUCUCUUCGAUCAUACCUGAAGCGAAGAGGUCCUCAGCGUUCAGUUGAUGUCAUUGUUUCAUCUGCAUUUUUAUUGACCAUUUCAGUUGUUUUUAUCUGCUGCGCUCAGCUUCUUCAUGUUCAUGAGACCUUCCUUGAUUGCCAGUACAACUGGGAUUUAGUAAUAUGGUGCAUUUCAUUAACACUCUUUUUACUCAGAUUUGUUACACUUGGAUCAGAAACCAGCAAAAAAUACAGCAAUACUUCAAUAUUACUGACAGAACAGAUCAAUUUGUACUUGAAAAUGGAGAAGAAACCAAACAAAAAGGAGGAGCUGACACUUGUCAACAAUGUCUUAAAACUGGCUACAAAGUUGCUUAAGGAAUUGGAUAGUCCCUUUAGGUUAUAUGGACUUACAAUGAAUCCACUGCUUUAUAACAUAACACAAGUAGUCAUCUUGUCUGCUGUAUCUGGUGUUAUUAGUGAUCUGCUGGGAUUCAAUCUAAAGCUGUGGAAAAUCAAAUCAUGACACUGGACAGCAGAAUACUGACUGACUGAGCAAGAAUACGAACUUUCUAACAAAAAUAAGCUGCCUCAAGUGGUUACCACUUGUGAUCAGAAACUAAGGCCUAAAGCAAGAUACUGUUUUCAAAACUGAAGCGUUUACUUCUAAACUCGUGCAAUUGUUUUAUUUAUUUACCUUUUCAGUGUUUUCAUAUUUUCCGCUCACUAUACAUAUCAUGGUUUUGUAAGUAUUGAGUGACAGACAUUGUGCAAUGUAAAAUAGUAUAUAUUCGUAAUAUUAGGCAAAAUGAGGAAUGAAGCCUACAAUCUCCAGCAUUCACUGUAGGUCAUGUAUAUUGUUAGUUUCCGUCCCCUUGCAAGAGUUUUCGGGUUAACAUUUUUGUAAAAUUCUGUUAGCUUUAGAGUGCAAUUCAUCCAUACAUUCUACCUUUUAGUAACAUAGGUAUAAAACUCCUUCUCAAAAGAAAACUUGAACUUGUACUUUGGCACAUACAAUGUUUUGAGUGCCAUUGUGCUACCAGAAAGAAUCCCAGCUUUCAUGCAGACACUUUCUGUUCAUUUAAAUGGAAAAAGGUGCUAACUGUGGCACAAUGGUGCAGACACUGCAGGGAUCACUUAGGAAAGCUUUCAAAUUUUACAGCAAAUCCAGUUAACAAUGCCAGCAUCAACCAAUAUGAAGUAUGUUUCCCAUGCAAAUAAUGGGAAAUGUGGAGAUGGGUCUCCACAACCUUGAUUUCCCUGACAAGUCUGUGAUGGGCAAACUUAUACGUGUGACAUGAGCCUCAAUGCUGGUAAAGAAUCGGUUACUCUAUUGUAUAAGCAAUACACCAUGGUGUUAUAAUAAUUAGUUACAGAACCAAAUCUAGCAAAGCCCCUCGCUUUUGUGAUAUUGGUUCUUUAGUGCAUUUCUCCGCUACCUAAGCAAUAGUUGUACUUAAUGUUUAUACUGUAAGAAUUUUCUUUUAGAGAAAAUCUUAUUAGAAGUGUAUUUAUUGACACUUGUUUGUCUUGCUUUUUGUUGCCCAUGGCACUUUCUAAUCAAUGCUUCUAAAGGAGAAAUAUUGCCGGGAAACAAGUGUUCUUCUAUAGUAAUAUGAUAAACAAAUGGUUUAUAUGAGUUAAUUCUAAUACCUUGGUAUAUGUAGUUACAAUCAGAAAGCAGAUUGCAUAGGCAGCCCAUUUAACACAUGCUAAAUACCUUAUCUAGAUAUUUAACCAUUGUGUUUCAAGGCUAUUCUAUUACGCAUCCCUCUCACUCAUGAAAGGCAGAUGACAAAGUCAUGCGGUGUAACCUUAGUAUAGAUGGACUAGAUAGGAUCCUUUUCCUAGGGAAAUAGGAAAGCGUGACUUUUUCAGGUGUACUUUACGGUUUGUUCCCUGUUUGUUUAUCAUUUGGCAUAAUAUAGCUGUUACUCAGGUCACUUUAAGAGACACUUGUUUGCCAGUAGUAUUUCUUUUUCAAUGUUACAUUUACUUUGUUGUGUUUUAUCUGAAAUUUAUUGAUUUCUUUUUGUUUUGCUGAUCACUUCUAUGUUUUAGGUUACUAUAAAAUCAAUAUACAUUGCAGGAUAUACUAGACAUAUCAUUUGGUCAAAUCUUUACAUAGUCUUGUAAAAGCACUUGAAUGUGCAAUGCAAUCUAUAUCAUUUAAAUGUUUCAGUGUGUUAAGUUUGAUGAUGAUUGUUUUGUGGAAUUAACUUUUUUCUUAUCAAUUUGCAUCACUGCAAAUGUGUCUGUGAAUUACACCCAUUAUUUUCAAUGGGAAAAUGCUUAAUCCUGUUUUACUAGUGCCAAAACUGAAACAAUGAAACUUUGCAAGGAUUUACAAAGCUCACAUAAGAACAAAACUAUUGUAUGUACUUUGUUUUGAAUUUGAGUCUGUAAUGUUGCUUUUUCUGAAUCUGUUACAUUUUAUGUUUUUGAGAAAUAUAAAUUAUCAUUUUGGUCGUUGUAGCUUUACAAAGGUCACUUCUCCAAUAUAUAAAAUCAUUACAAAGUUUAUAGGUUUUGUAGAUAAUAGACCGAUGUAGAUAAUCUAGGUUUGCUUUUGUUUUUCAUUUCAGUUAGCUGCUAUUGUGUGGGAGGCCUAUGCAUUGUCCCAUCUUUUUGUUCUUAUUUUUACUUAUCUAUAUGGUUUUUAUUGUAGACAGGUCAUUAUUUUAAUUUGUUUAACUGCAAAUAACUUAUGUGAUAUGGACAAAAUAAGCAAAGUUUUCUCAAUAUACCUUUAGGUUAAGGUAAAUAAAAUUUACCAAGUUUUAAUAGCA